AUGAAGUUUUUAACAAUCUUAUUCGUGGUGAUGACAGUUGAUGCUAGUAAGAUACUUAAGUAUAUCAAGUCACGAAAAGACAUACUAUAUGAUCCCGAGGUUCAGUAUGCCAUCAAUAACCUGUUGGUGUUUUUUGAUUCUCAAUGGAUGGAGUACCGUAUCAAGAGUGCCAACAAGACAUUGUACGAAUCUCCAGUUACUGAAUGCUUCAAACUGGAAUUGGAUGGAGCGGUGACAUACACGAUGAACCAUGGUUUCGGAAAUAAUGGCCACAAUGAGUUUGCUGUUAUUGGCCAAUGGCUCCGUGCAACCCUCAAAAUCAAUUCAGUGAUUGAUAUGUCAAAGUCGUGGGGUUUAUCAUCGAGUAUUGAGUGUCCCUUCAAAGCGAUGUCAGAAGUACAAGUGGCGGUGGUACGGGAACUGUAUGAGUACGAGUAUGAGAUCAAGUGGUUAAAGAACGGCUGGAAACGUGAAGGGAAACUGGCGAUGGCUGGGUACGCGAUGUUGCAGUGUAGAGACUGGUGCUCAAAUAGCUAA